AUGGCUGUGAACGAGAGCACGUCAUUGUGGCAGUCGCAAGCCGAUUCCGUGAGGUCUACACGGGCAUCAAGACGUCGUUGCAACGCCGGGCCUUUCUCUAUAAUGACGAUGCAAUGCAUGGCUCGAACUGUGGCUGUUGUGGGGCUACUGAUAGUCAUUUACGUUAUCGAUAAGACGAUCCUGACCACCAGAGCAGUAUCUAAAGCUCAAGAGACAAUCUCUGAGACAGCAGCGCUCCGUAUGGAAAAGGUGGAAAGCAAUCACAAGGAUGAUGAUGCAUCAAAUGAUGCAGUGCUGUUUCUGCCGGGAUUCGGAGCUCCUUUGGAGAAGCAGUAUGCUGGUCUCGUUGGAGUGAAUAGUGUCCACGGUGGCAAGCUCUUUUAUUGGUUCUUUGAGACACGUGCAACGUUGCAGAUUGACGAACAAACCCCAUUGUUAUUGUGGCUUAAUGGAGGACCUGGUGCAUCGUCUAUGACGGGUUUACUUGCUGAAAUGGGACCCUAUCGACUGACAACGGAACGGAAACUCAUUCCACAUGAAUACACGUGGACAAAUAUUGGUCACAUGCUGUUCUUUGACCAACCCGUUGGAACAGGCUAUUCGUUUGUGCGUGACGAGGUUGGACACGUCAAUACACAGGAAGAGGUAGCUGAACAACUUUAUCGCGGUCUUCAAGAAUUUUUUAGACGUCACCCAGAGUACAGUCAUAAUCCGUUGUACAUAUGCGGCGAAUCAUAUGCUGGCAAAUAUGCUCCGUCGCUCGCGCACUACAUCCACAUGAAAAACGAUAGUGCACUGGAGAAGAAUGACAUUGUAAUUAAUUUGACGGGAGUGGCCAUUGGCAAUGGUGACAUGUGGCCGGUCUUGCAGACCCGUUCUGUACCAGAUUUUGCUAUUGCCUUGGGGCUAAUCGAUUCACAGCAGUACGAAGAUGCGAAUGCACAGAUUAGCGUAUGUGAAGAAUUGCACCGACAAGGCCGCGACGUAGACGCGUUUCACGUAUGUCAAGCUGUCACGCAGAAGAUCUAUGAAGCCGCAGGGAACCCGUUUAUUUAUGACAUUCGCCAAUCAAGCAAUACAUUUACGGAUCUGAGCACAGUACUUUCAAGCUUUUUCAACGACGACGCAGUGCGACGAGCGCUGAAUGUGCCCCCGGGUACACUAUGGCGGUCGGUGGACGGAUCAGCCUAUGGCACGUCACCUUCAGCGCCAGCACUUGUGCGUCAUCUACUGCAGGACGAGAUGCUAGACGUCCCCAUUGACGUGUUCCGCGAUCUACUGGACAAUUACAAGUUUCUCUUCUACGCUGGUAAUAUGGACGGCUCAAUUUGUAACAACUUGGGUGUAGGACAAACUAUCGACCGACUCGCCUGGACAGACACAGCCAAGUAUCGUGUGGCCAAGCGACAGCCCUGGAUAGUGAACGGUCGCGUCGCGGGGCUGGUCAAAACUGCUGGUAAUAUGAGCUACGUAGUGGUGCUGAACUCGGGUCACCUGGUUUCUACAGAUCAGCCGGAGGCCUCCUUGGACAUGAUGCGGCGUUUCAUCAACAACGAGCCAUUCUUCACGCUGCUGUAA